AUGCCUCGCUCCUUUUUGGUGAAGCAGCCGAAGGUCCACGAUGUCUCAUCCUCCAACUACUACCAUCAGCACCACCAGCACUGGGACAGCUCUUUCUCUGUGACACAUGCCAUCACUGAGUCAGCCACCAACUUGGCGGUGCGUUUGAGUGAAAAUGGCUACAUCCAUGAUUACAUCAUCCCCUCCAUGUUGCAGAGCACAAAAGAGCCAGGUCGGGAAUCGACCGGGUUCUCCUCAGGGCCCCUGUACUCCCCGGGUGGCAGCAGUGGGGAAGAGUUCUCUGACCACGACAUGGAGCACCCGGACAGCCCCGUCUCCACCGCUACAGUGGAGUCGGACAGUAGCGGCCCUGAGUUGGAGGCGUGCACCAUCAAUGACCUCCUCAUCUCUGACGGCCGCUCCCGCCGGAGACCCAGCCGACGGUGUCCACGCAAGGGAGGCAGACAGUCAGACAGUAGCAAGGGGACUGGCUCAGCAGACUGCAGCCCUGCCAAAGGGAAAGCCAAAGGGCGCUACAUGUGCUGUGAGUGUGGCAAGUCUUAUGCCACAUCCUCCAAUCUGAGCAGACACAAGCAGACUCACCGCAGCCUGGACAGCCAACAGGCAAGGAAGUGUCCCACAUGCCACAAGGUGUACGUGUCCAUGCCGGCGCUGGCCAUGCACAUGCUGACCCACGAUCUGAAGCACGAGUGCACUCUGUGCAGCAAAGCCUUCAGUCGGCCCUGGCUGCUACAGGGCCACAUGAGGUCCCACACAGGAGAGAAACCGUUCGCCUGUGCCCACUGUGGCAAAGCCUUUGCCGAUCGCUCCAACCUGCGCGCCCACAUGCAGACGCACUCGGCCUUCAAGCACUACUCCUGCAAGCGCUGUCACAAAAGCUUUGCACUCAAGUCCUACCUGAACAAGCACUACGAGUCAGCCUGCUUCAAAGAGCACCAGGCAGAGGACGACGGCAGCGCUGACGACUGA